UGGCCGGGUGUGUCACGUGAAAGCGUGCUCUUAACUAGGUAACUAUCCAUCAAACGAUGGGCGUCACCACCCUAACUAAUGCUGCGUCUUCUAUUGCUCAGGGACAUUGCACAACCUUCUCUCCCCACGCCCAUGCAUUAUCCUGCUGUGAGGACGUAGUCACCAUGCCGACGAAGACGCGGUUAUUCCGCGUCUUUUACACAACCCUUUUUACUGUUCUUGCCAUUAUCUUUUUGAUCUUAACUCUCCUAACCCCUGCUGAUACCAUCUACCAGUCCUCCAAGACCCACCGCCUGGGUAAUGUUUUCAUUGUCAGCGGUGUUUAUAUAAUAACCCUGCUUUUGGCUAUAUUGAUAUAUGCCAGCCGCAUCUUUACUAACCGCAGUGUCCUUGCGGGUAUUCCCAAACCAUGGAUUCCAGUUGAGAAGCCUGAUGUUCCAAAGAGUGUGCGAAGACUCGUUGUGGAGGGUCUGUCGAGGAGUGCCAUCAUUGCCCAGCAAGCACGGCCGAGAGACAGGACUGGGGAAGACAAUAGCAAGUUGGAUCCUAGCUUGACCAUCCCUACCACAAGACCACCGCCAUGGGGUGAUAUCUCACACCCUGGCUGGACUGCCCCUGGUUGCCCCGAUAUGCCCGACCAAGAAUUCGAGCCGGUGAUUAAGGAACUCCCGCACCUCAUAGAGGCAAAGGCAGUAUCUCUUGCCCCCGUGGACCCUCGUCUUCCAGUCUUCGACAACCGAGACGCAGAUCAGACUGGCGAAAAUCAACCAAUUCCGGAUGAACGUAUUGUCGAAAUCCUCCGAAGGCCUCAUAACAUGCCCCUACGUGACUACAUAAACCAUCUAACACAUCUUAAUCUCAUCAACCCCGUAGACCUUGGCCGGUCAUUUGUUCGCCUCUACGAGCGCGGCAGAUUCGCCGACGCGCCGUUGACUGAGCAGGAAUUCAGAUCAUUGCUAAGCAUGUUUGCUGAACUCCUAAGGGGGAUGUCAGAACUCGAUCCGGAGAUCAUUGCAGAAAUCCAGUCUGAAAGUUCCACGGACGGUGGUAUGGAGCCGUUUAGUGGCGAAUCAAGCGGCGUUCACAUCACCAACAGCGUUCCCGCCAGUUCUAGUGCGUCGUUCGCGUCCAGCAAUCGAUCAGGCACUAGUAGUCAGUGCAGCCGCUUUCAUCCCUCCAGCACUCCCAAGAGUGGCUCUUUCAUCCUUGAUAGGUCCGGUGACAGACAAAGCUUACGUGCUCGGGGCAGUCGAACGCCAUCUGCGUAUUCCUUGCCAGCUUUGGCAUCGAACCUUUCUGCCGCUAGUUCGGCAGGGAGUAUCAUUCACCGCACGUCAUCGCAGAUGUCUUGAGCGACUCCUGCUGGUGUGUGUGCCGCCGGAAGGCCGAAGAGCGUUGAACAGCGGUGAUUCCGGGACUGUUGUUUUCUCCUUCCCACCCCCUUUCCUCCCAUUGUAUGAGUAUAUAAUUAUUUUCUUUUCGAUUUUUCUUAUGUCUUCAGUUCUUACCUGAGCAAGGUGUUCUGGCUAAUAAUAAAUGGGAUCAAUGGGACAAUGAUGUGUGGUUUUUUUUUCUCUACUUUUCAUCCAAUUCGCAAACAACAUGUAUUCUUUGUUUGCCUGGGUUUGUUCUCUUGGUUUUCUGUAUGCCCUGGGGGUCUGCGUGGGGAUAUUUCGUUGUUGAUAUUUUCUUCUUCCAUUUAAGGCGUUGGGUUUUGUAGGAAUAUUUUAUAAUCAGUCCAUGCCGAUUGGAAGUUGAUAUUUGAGUCAAAAGCGGUCCAUUUACGGCUCCUGGCCCUCUUCUUCUAGGACACCGGGCAAGAUCAGCUGUCCCCACAGGCAUCAUAUUGCUAUGAAUAUUAGCUGGCCAAUUACAAUAACCAGUCAAUCAGACAGACAUUCUAACUUUGGGGUGGAUGUUGAAAGAGAUACUGGGGAACUUCGCCCACAUGUACAUGUACAUGUACAGUACAUAAACACAGUGUCCAUACAUAUAAGUGCUCCUCUUUCAAGCCAGCAAAAUGGAUCAUACUAAUUUAUCCUCCACCUCAUUUCCAUUUAACCAAAUUCUCCGCUUGUUCCUCAUAUCCCAUAUGCUGUGGGAGCAAACCCUCGCUGCGGCCCUCCACUCCCCGUCUCGUUGUUCUCCACGCGCUGUCACCAGGCAAGGGUUCCAUAUCGAAAGCGUCCAGUGCAGCACCCCUUAUCUUCCCCUCCUUCAACGUCUUCAGCAGCGCUUUCCCCCCAAUCAACGGACCGCGUGACGUAUUUACCAAGAGCGCCGUGGGCUCAUAACACCCAACUCCUCCUCCCGUUUAUGAUAGCAUGUAAUGCACACUCAGAACAUCCGCCUCCCUAAACAACUCCAGCUUACUCGAGACAACCUCAAAGGCGCCUGCCGGUAAACCCAAUGCCGCAGCCUUCUCAUCCGCCAUGUCCUGCGUGAGAUUACUCGACCACGCGACGACUCGCAUGCCGAACGCCAAUGCUCCGAUCUUUUCAGUCGCCGUCCCGAGCGACCCGAGCGACCCGAGCGUCUUCCUCUCCAACCCCGCCGCAAAACUCCCCUGCCACCCGCCGCUCUUCACCACCGCAUCAUCCCGCGCGAUAUUCCGCGCCAUGCCCAGGAUCAAUGCCCAGGUAUGUUCCGUCGUUGAGCCGGUAUGUGGUAAGGAGUCUAGCUUUUGCGAAUGGGCUCCGAGACCUGUAGUCCCCGUAACCAGGAUGCCCCACUCCGCACAUGCCUGCUGGUCUAUGGCGCGGUUGCAGUGGCCGGUGAUAAGGAGGUAUUUGAGGUUGGGGAGGGGGGAGAUGACCUCUGCAGAGAACGGAGUCCGUUCGAGCAUUGUGGAGAUUAUGUGAUAUGGUUUUAGCCGGCUGAUGAGAGCUGCUUUGUCGCCAUCAUUGUGGCUUGGGUGCAGGGUCUCUGGGAACGAGGUUAUGGAUGUGAGAUGGAGUUUCAGGUGGGAGAAUUUGGCGGUAGCGAUGUUUUGGUAGUCAUCGAGGAUGGCGAGGUUGAGCGGGCUACUUGCUGGCAUGGUUCCGUUUGACAUUGAUCACUUUUACUGGUAUCUUAAAGCAGAUCGCGCGACCGAUGCGAAGAGUAAGAGGCGGGGUUUGGGGUGAAUGGUUUAUCAGGCAUUGAACGGUCUGGUAUCAUCGUCCAUCCUAGCCGCACUAGAGUCCAGGAAUCAGGUCGAAGAAUUUGGCCUAAGCCGGCAUACUGCAGGGCUUUGGCGACUUAUAUAGGAAUAUGAUUUCGAAAUAAAUGUUAUUAGCCCCUGAAUAUAUGGAUAUAUAGUGCUAGUUUGGAUGGCUAAGGCGCCCAAAACUUCUUAGAAUAAAAUACCCGAAAGUCUCGCAAUAGAUUUCAUCAUGUAAAGUAGAUAGAAUAGCCCGAAAUAUUAAAAAGAAUAAAAAAUAAAAGAAAGCCAAUAAACCGAUUCUCA